UGCUCCAAUAGUAUAACUCUUCAAAACAAUAAUAUCCACUAUUCUGCUUCUCACUGAUCUUACGAUAGUCAUCUUCUACUCAACACUGCUUUUGUAAGUUGAAACAUUGUUAAGGAUGGCUUCCCACGAGCAGAGUUACAGAGCUGGUGAAACCAAGGGCCAGACUCAGGCGAAGGUUGGUCAAGCAAUGGAAGGCAUGAAGGACAAGGCUCAAGAAGCAAAGGACAGGACUUCAGAGAUGGCCCAUUCAGCCAAAGGAACGGCCCAUGAGAAGACGGGCGCAGCCAAAGACAAGACUUCAGAUGCAGCUCAGGCUACCAAAGAUAAGACAAGUGGAGCAGCUCAGGAAACCAAAGAUAAGACAGCUGGAGCAGCUCAGGCUACUAAAGAGAAGGCUAGUGGAGCAGCUCAGGCUACUAAAGAUAAGGCUUCAGAAAUGAUGGAGUCGGCAAAAGAGACGGCUCAGGCUGGUCAAGAGAAAACUGGUAGCAUCCUCUCAAAGACGGGAGAACAAGUGAAGAGCAUGGCUCAGGGUGCUGCUGAUGCAGUGAAGCACACUUUUGGCAUGGCGGAUACUGCUGAAGAUCCUCAUGCCACAAAAACACCCAGAGAACCAUAGAUCACUGGACUAGACUAGUGUCUUUUUACUUGGAUCUCUUUAAUUACCUCCUUUAUGGAUUCAAGUAUUUGUGCAUCUAUAUGUUUAAUUAGCUUGUUCUCCCCUUUGAAGUUUCCCUCCUUUUGAGGAGGAGAUGGUUUACUGUAAUAAUAAAAGAUUUGUACUUUGCUGUAA